GUGACCUGGCCGACCUGCAGGGCGGCCUGUACUCCCAGUGGACGAAGUGGUCACGAUGUUCCCGGCGCUGCAGGCAGAGACGCCAGAGGUCGUGUCGGGUACCUGCCGUGUGUGGCACAGCGCUCCUCAAGGAGGAGAGGAGCUGCCGCGGCGGUAGGUGCUCGGGGCGCCGUCCCUUCCACAUCAUCAAGCCCGAGGAGUUCACGCGACAGCCUCCGCGAAAUGACAUGAGGGUCCUUCUCAACUUCAACUCUAUGUUCUACACGAAGUGGUCCCGCUGGUCCGCCUGCAGCAGGUCGUGCCUGACCAGGAGAUACAGAUCCUGCAAAUACCCUCUGUUCUGUGGCGGAAGCGUGGUUAACGAAGAAGCCUAUUGUUACGUGGAAGGUUCCCUCUGUGAGAAGUGGUACCGCAGGAGCCGCUACCAUCCUCGGAAACACCAGACGACCGAGAAUAACGACGAGGACGGUGAAAACACCCUAUCUACCUCGUCCUCGUCCCCCUCUUCGUCGACUUCUCGAUACUCCCCCUCGAGGUCCACCUCCUCCUCUCCCUACUCCUCGUCCUCGUCCUCGGCGUCGUCUGCACUGAGCAGGUGGACCGAGGAGAGGACGCUACCCCGUGAGUGCGGCGUAAGUAACGUGACGACGCCGGGGUGGAACUUGAGGAUCAUCGGAGGACGAGAGGCUCAGAGGGGCAAGUGGCCGUGGCAGGUCGUGAUCCUCAACCGAUAUCAGGAAGCCUUCUGCGGGGGGACGCUGGUCGGGUCGCGGUGGGUCCUGACGGCGGCUCACUGCGUCAGGAGGAAGCUCUUCGUCCGCCUCGGAGAACACGACCUGGCUCUGAGGGAGGGCGCUGAAGUGGAAUAUAAGGUUUCAAGGACCGUCAUACACCCGAAGUACGACUCGACGACCGUGGACAACGACGUGGCUCUCCUGCAGCUACCAGAAGCCGUGUCCAUGAACUCUCGCAUAGCCCCAGCCUGCCUUCCCGAACAAGGGGCCAACUUACCCGUAGGAGACAAGUGCACGAUCAUUGGCUGGGGGAAGGAGAGGAACACCCAUUUCUUCGGAACGGAUGUCCUACAUGAAGCUGAGGUUCCCAUCAUCGCCAGCAAAGCAUGUGAGACUGUAUAUGAGGACUACUACAUUACUUCCAACAUGUUCUGCGCAGGAUAUCUGAAGGGCAGAGUGGAUUCCUGCGCGGGAGACUCAGGAGGUCCUCUGCUGUGCCAGAGACAUGGCCGUUGGUACAUAUAUGGAAUAACUUCCUUUGGCGAGGGAUGUGGAAAGAAAGGCAAGUUUGGCAUCUACGCUCGAGUUUCGAAUUACCGCCAUUGGAUCCAGUCCGUUGUCGCCAGUCCCGACCUCUGAAGUGUACAUUAGAAGUUAGGGUUUUUAGUAAUUCAUUAUUCUGCUGAAAUCAUAUACCGUUUACUUCAGUGCAUUGCGUAUAUGAGUAUAUGUGGUGGAUGUAUAAACGUAAAGACACGAAAAGGCUUACAUCCCAACUAGCCAAGGCGGGAGGGUAUGUAUUGUACGGUAUAUGUAUUCGUAUAAUACAUCAUUGAUUUCACAAGAAAAGUAUAUAAUUUUUAUACACGUCGAACUUAAAUCUUGCAACUAGAACAUUCGAAAGAUAUAUGCCUGUUGCAAAUACAUCCGUAGUACGUAUAUUUGUGUAUACAAAAAUAUUUAACAGUGAUAUUGAUGUCACUUUAUGGUCAUAGGGAUCCAAAACUGUACUUUGAGGACUAUGUGAAAGAAAUAUUUUCUUAAACAAAUAUUGUAUAUAAUGUAUGAAGCAUUAAUACGCGGUCACAAGGUAGACCAUUGGUCAUUUAUGCUUGAUUAAAGAUAUAUAUAUUAUCAUUCCACAGACAACUCUGUUAUGUUGUCAGUUACAUGUAUAUAAUGCAGUAUAUAUCGUAUAUGAGAACUGGUUUGUGCUUGUUAAGUUUGGUGUUUAUGUUGAGGUUGUUUUCGGAAUGGGAUAGGGUCAGUGGGUAAAGUGUUCAGCUUUAAACUUCUUCGGUAGUCAAUACUUUGUCUAAGGGGAGUUUAGGCAACAGCACUGGUUUGAAUUGCCUGUCAUUCUCAGGGAGUAGAUUCCACUUCAUCCUUUAAUUUCUUACCUUCCUAUCUUUUGAUUAAUUAUUUUAACUUUUUUUCUAUGCUAUUAAUCAUGCUUCUGUUUGAUCAAAGAAUGGUAAGCAUAUUUUUUAGUACAUUGUUUAGAACAUGGAAAAGGAAAAUGUAAUUCAUUAGUUUUUUGCAUUAUGUGUGAUCUAAUGAUAACAAAAGACACUUCUGGCUUGCUUUGCAUGUUUUCUAAAAGACAGAUAUUGUUACCUUAUGUUUUCUUGAUUUGGUUUGGAUCACUGCUUGCUGCCACAGUAAGCUUGUUAUGAAGUGUAGCUUAUAUAUAACACAUUGUAGAUAUAGCAUUAUUAUGCCCUUAAAACAGUUAUAUUUUUGCAUUAUUUUGUGUAUAAUGUAUUUAUGUUUGUUAAUAGAGGUUUUGUUCCUAAUGUACUCCCAAUGCAGUAGCUUUCUUGUCCCUUGAACAUUUUAAUAAAUGACACACAUUUCCCUACAGUCAGUUUUUUUAAUAUACCACUAGUUUCAGGUACUUGAAAUGCAAUUGACUGUCAUACCCUAUAUCAACUUUAUCAAUUAAAAUUAAAGGUCUUUAUGUUAUAUAAAUGACCUGCAUAAAAGAACUACCGUAAUUUAGAUUAUAAAGCAGCCUAGAACUCGGUUGUUAAGGAUGAGACUUCUAACACAAUCACUAAUAUAUUUCCACCUAACCAUUAUCUUCUACAUUGUCACCAAUGACAGAAAAAAGGCCCUGCUUACUCAUAAAGAGUUGUUUCUGUUUUUUUUAAUUACAAGUUAUGUAUACUUAAAUGAUCAUCUCUAAUAUUAUAAUAUUGAUUCCAUGAAUCAUUCUACAUCCAAGUUCAUUUGUUACUGUUACUCCAUGUCUGUUUACAGUAACAAUAGCAUAAUGAUUGUCCAACUGGAGUAAUCCCUAACCUAAAAAAUUCUGAUAGAUGUCAGAAAGUAACUGAAGACAUAACAGAUAUUAUUAAUUCUGUCCCUGUGUUCAAUUUGUACUCGCACUGUUUAACCAAUGUGUGUCAUGUUAUGAGAUGAAAGGAAGCAUGAUUGCAAAUUGAUAAAAAAAAGUUUGUUUAUUACAUGACUGGAGUGAUAAAUAUCAUUAAAGAUGCUGUCAGUGAUUUAAGAUGCUGGUCGUUAUGGAAUAAAGGAAAAUAUAUACAUAUCAAAGUUAGUCUUAUUGGUGUAACUCCGUACAUAAAAAAAGUAAGUAAAAAACAACAAAAAAACUGAAAACUUUCAGCCAAAAUGCAUUUUUGUUUACAUUUACAUAUGCAAAGGCAGUAUAAUACAUGCACACUAUAUGACAGUUACAAAGGUCUAUAAAUGAAGAUCAAGUGGUUCAAAAAAAACAAAAAAACAAAUGAGGUAUCCACAACAGUGUCUGACAGCUGACAGUUAUUCAGAAGUCACAGAACACCUAGACUUCGUUUUUGUUUCUGCAUUACACAAUGAAGGGCAUCCCUGGCUUGUGCCAGUUAUGUGGGGCAAAUGGUCGUAAAUAUGUAAAUAUCAAUAUUGUAACUGAUUUUUGUACAAAAUGGACAUGUAUGUAUUCUCUUCGAGGUAAUUGGUAUACAUAGGUGUUCACUGAAUUAUUGAUUUUAUUAAUGGUUAAUUGACUGCCAGGCAGUAUAACACAAGUGAUAGUAAUCAGCUUGUGUUAUAAGGAUUAUUUGAACUUGUGACUUUAAUGGAUAAUUGAUUUCCUAACUGUGAUUGAGAAAUUUGCUGAAAUAAGCAACAUAUCUACUUAUUUUUAAGACGUUUUGUUUCCCAAUCUCGGAACAUUACAAGCCGAGGGUUGUUGCUGGCUAGGUUUAGAACAUAAAAUAAUGUUAUACUGAUUUUUCUAUUUCCAAAUGUUUACUUUGCUUAUUAGAAUAUAUCCCAAGAAUGAAUUAUAUUUAUUUGGUAUCAGUAUUUGUACUUUUUCAUAAUAAAGUAAUUGUAACCUU